UACCCUUUUCGCUGGAAACUCUAAGGAGGACCCAAUAAUUAUGGGAGUUAAAAGACUACUAUAAAAUCGUCUUUAAUUUCUGACAAUUUAUAUAAGACAAAAAGUGUAUCAAAAAAGAUUGUACCUCCAAUUAGAGUAAUUAUACAAGUCUAAGUAUCUUCAAAAUUGACGGAGCUAUCAAACAUGUGAACAAUUUUCAUGUUAUUUUAGUGUUAUGUUAAUUUUAAAACAAAUCAAAAUCAUAGACCACAUUAUGGAAUUUUGAUUUACACGGUCAGGGAAAUAUGAAACAUAGACUUGUUGUGAACUAUCUGUAAAUUUCAGAAUAAAAUCAAGAUGAAAAAUAAAAGUGCAGUUUUCAUUCUAGUUUCCAGUAUCAUUAUCAAUAUUCUAGUCAAGGGUUCCCUGAAAUCGCUUGGAAUAUUUCUCCUUGAGCUCAAGAAUCAGGGAAUAGAAACCUCAGAAGCUGCUUGGAUUCCCGCUAUAGCUUUUACUUGCUUCUCUCUCUUCUCUUCCCCUGUUGCCUGGUGCAGAGAAAAGACAUCAAGUCGGCUACUCAGUGUUUUGGGUGGUUUGAUGGUCAGUGUUGGCUUUCUAAUCUCAUACCUACUCUACCUACCCAUCCUUUAUACUGGUCUAGGAGUAUUAUUAGGUGUUGGGGGGUGCAUGGCAACUAUUUCUGGAUCCUUAGAAAUUAAUCGGGUGUUCCAGGGCUCAAGGCUUGGUACAGCCCAUGGUUUAAGUUUGGCUGGCAGUACCGCUGGAGGGUUGUUAGUGCCUGUACUUGUAGCUUACCUCAUCUUUACCUGGGGGUACAGGGGAGCUGUUCUACUACAGGCAGCUAUACUACUACAUACAAUACCUGCCAGUCUAUUCUACAGGUAGAUUCUAGUAUACAGGCAGCUAUGUAACAAAUCUAGAUGCUACUUCUCUAACGAUUACUUGACUCACAGUCUAAUGAAAUUCUCUCUAACUAAAUCUCUAGCCAAAACUCAAGGCUCUGUAUACGUCCGUUCUGAUCAAUUAACGAUAUUCAACUAAUUUAUUUAUAAACAGGUAGAAU